CGACGGCGACGACGGCGACGACAGCGACGACGGCGACGACGGCGACAACGAGAGCGGACGAGAGAUUUAUUCCGGUGUGCGAAUCAGAUUACAAAGCGCGUAGUCCGCAAGCGGGAAGUGCAAAAGAGCCGUGCGUACGUAAGGUGCGUUUGCGUACGCGCAGUGCGUGCGCCGCAUGAGACCAGUCUGCUUCUUCGGUGCUCUGUGAUUCGUACUUGGGCGAGUCGUGCGCGCGCGACAGAAAGAGACAGAGAAAGUAACGACGGCAGCAGACGCGAGUGGGGUGAGGGAAGGUAGGGAUAAAGAGCGAGAGAGAGGGCGAUACUCGUGGCGCGUUCGAAGCGAAGCGCAUCGUCGCUCAGCUCGCAGAGACGAAGCGGCCGAAGUUCGAAGCGGACCGACGUGCGCGAGCGGCCCAACUUUCGACGGACGCGAAGCAACUCGCGAGCGGACAAUCAGGACGCGUCGCCGCCACCGUCGUCGCCGCUCGCGUAACGCGUCGCGCCGGAGUUGAUUCACGAACGGACUAGCAGCGUGCGAACUCUCUCGCCGCCGUUGUGUCGCGUCCUCGUUCGCUCCCGCCUGACGUAUCGGAGAUACACACAGGCGAGAGGUUGCCGCCGCCACCGCCGCCGCCGUCGCCACAGUUGCUGUUGGCGAUUCUUGAGGACCAGGUCGUGGGCGAACCACCUGCCGCGGAAGGAUGGAGAUCCCGAAAGCUAUGCAGGAGGAAGUGAACUCCAUGCAAAACAAACUGAGAAAAGCGAUAUGGGAGCAUCAGAUGUGCGUGGUGAAGCUGAAGAACGACCCGAACAACUCGGACAUUCACAGCCGGAAGGAAAAGAUUCAGCUGCAUAUCCUUUCUUUGGGAAAAUGCCAGAAGCAAAUCGUGGAGCGGCUGCGCAAAGCGGUGCAGAGCGUUGCAGCGGACGGCCCGAACGGGCCGAAAGUUUCUAUAGCUUCUAUCUGGAACUUGAACAACAACAAUCAUAUCACGAAUAACAACGAGACGAAGCACGAGACGGUCGCCAACGGUUUCGAAACGAAACCUUCGAAGGAGUACUACGAGGAGGUUGUUACGAACGGCGAUGUUCCCUCACCGGUGCAAAAUAAUGAUUGCGCGAAACGAAGUCCUAGCUCAGUGGGAACCGCCUCCGGUGAAGAUGACAUCGUUGAAGUGCCAAUGGAUGAGAAUUCCAACAAGAAAGAGGAGACGAAGGAAGAAUAUGAGGACGAGAUUAUGAAUAAGGAAUUCUUCCUGCGUACUCUCGAGCUUAUUACCAAGGAGAUAGCUUUGGAGCUCCAAAACAAGAGAGCGGAGAGGAAACGUCGCAGCACGGCGAACCCACAUUUUGUAUAUUCCAUGGUGGAGCAACCGGCCAAGCGGCAGAAAAAGCAAUCCUACAUGCAAUCCGGAAACGCGCCUCACACCCGACAAGCUGCUCGUAUGAACGGCCCGUCGCCGCCACCCAGCAAAGCUCAAGCAACCAAAUCUACCUCGCAGCAAGCUCGUGCGAUAACGAAGCUGAUCCCGGUCCAAAAGUCCAACACUAGACCGAAUAUUCUGAGAAACGCCGACAGCAAAGUCUUCGUGAACAAGAACAAAAUCGAAGACAAGCAGACGCAAUCGUCCGUGACCGGUGCCAAAACCAUUCAGAUAGGUGGCAAGACUGUCCACUUACCGGGAUUGCCGUCUAGCUUGACCAUCGAGAGAAUCGAGAACGAGUCCGUUGUAUGUAUCACUUGUAGGAACAAAAGCUCAGGCCCGUUAACUGUAUGCGAGAUUUGCUCAAGGAGCUAUCACGUCACCUGCCAUACCAUGCCGGCUCCACCCAGCACGUGCCCCAAAUGUGCAAUACUAGUACGCUCGAGGAAAAACGUACAAAAGCAAGAAGAAGCCGAGGGUGGGGAACGGAUGGAUGGAGAGAAGCUGCCACUGAAGGGUGACAAGCUCGUUGCAACAACGCUUGCGUCAGGAGCUAAUGGGAAAGCAGGAGAAGACUCAGAGGUCUAUCAAACGUCUAGUGGACUUCAUAAAGUUGAUGCAAAUGAGAAAAAGCGCAUCCUCUCCUCUACCUUCGGCGUCAAUAAACUCCCCGCCUCAACCUUCCUCAUCCCAAUCACCUCCGACAAUACCUCCUCGGACGUCGAGCAAUUCGACGACGGAAAGUUUACCUCAGUCACCGAUAACGAGCAACGACAAGACGUCGUACCCCGUAACCCGGUCGUUCUCAGUCAGCCCCAACGAUCGGGCAUCACCUACGUCCAAGCAGAGGAACAGAUGUCCUACUCCUAUCAGCUGCCAGGCACCAGUGCCCAGCCUGAAAAGCACCAAUCAUACCUCAUUGUUAAAAAAAUCACAGAAUCUGGUCGAAGGUCCGACCAGCCUGCUGACGGUCAAACCGACGAGCAAGGCCACUCUGCAGUUGUCAACUAUCAAUUGCCGACCACGUCCGGCUGCAGUUCUUCCCUCGAGGCCGGCAUCGUCGUCGCCCAUUCCCUGCUCUUCGGUCGUAACAACCGUAAGAGGAAGACCGCCCGUGCAAUCCCAGCACUCCACCGAAUUAUCGGCUCGGAAGGGCUUCUCCCCGUCGCGGCCGAGUACCAGUUGGACCGAGCGACCAUCAACGGCAGAAAGCCCUGGACCAAGCUCUCACGCGGUAAAUUCUGCAUCAGCCAGCAAUCAUCCGGUAGACCCGCCACCGAAACUCUAUUCCCAUCCUACAGCGAUUGCGUCGAGAUCAGCGACGAGCACUUGCAAAUCGCAAAGCCCACUCUUGCAUCAGCAGAGGAAACAGCGAGCUGCGAUGGUCGUCUUGGCAAGCACAGGUCGUCAAGAGCCGGCACAAUCGUCCACUCACUGUUCUCAGGCAAUAACCGGCCCUAUAUCAUCUCCGAUCGUGCACGCGAGUCACGAGGCUUCGGCGCAAACGAUCGAGACUGCCCGCUCUUGCGACAGCAGCUCUGUCGUUUGGAGCACGAGCAGCUGGAGUCGCGCGAACAGUCAGGCCGCGCCACAGCGACAACAACAGUCCAGCUCCAGCGACGAGCCCUCACGAGGUUCUUCGAGCACGUGAAAUUGGAAGAAGCGCAUAUACCAGCGCCACUUAGAACAAAGCUAGUACACAAGAGCAAGCUGGUCGCGCUGGAGGGGAGGGAGCUCGAUAGUGUCGGCGAGAGUGUCGGCCGAAAGGGCGCAUGCGACCGACGCUACGAUGACGCUGGCGUUAGCGCUGACGCUGCACUGUUGACGUCAUCCUCCAACUCCGACGAGGAUUCGCUCGACGAAGAGACGCGGCGGAGCCGCGGUGCCGCGAGCGACAUCGCGGUGCCGCCGAGGGACAAGCACGAGAAAGAUGCCGCCAAGUGGUCGCCUCUCUGUCGCCCGUCGAGCGUACAAUCGCCAUCGGCGAGCAACGAUUACGAGCGCGCUCGCCAAGUCAAGUCGCAGCAAUCGUCCAAGCUAUUUUUCCGCUCGACGUCGCGCGAGAGGAAACAGAAAGACGACGCGGCCGGGGCGUUAUCUAUCGCACAAAGCAAUCUUUCGGAGCUUCUUAAUGAGGUCUCAGUUCCUGACGAUAAGGCUGACACCGAGAGACAAGACUUACCCAGUGGCGGCAGACCGUCGAGUAGGAGCAGCAUCAGCAGCAGCGGUGGGGGCAGCAGCAGCGGCAACAGCAACAGCAGCAGCAGCAGCAGCAACCACAGCAGCAACCACAGUAGCAACCACAGCAGCAACCACAGCAGCAGCAGCAGCAGCAGCAGCAGCGGUCACAGCGACACCCCGGAGCAAGCGAUGAACGGCGCGGACGGUCUCGCGGUCUCGCACAUCACUAAGAACAUAUGCGAACUUCUCAACGAUAAUCCCACCUCUCCGGGGGAAGAGGAGCUGGUGCGUUAUGUGUCGGCGAUGGGCGGAGGUGAUGAUGACGACGACGUCGUCGACGCCGAUGACGACGACGAUGACGACGACGACGAUGCCGUCACUGGUUAGAUAUAUAUAUAUAUAUGUAUAUGUAUAUGUAUAUAUAUAUAGUUAGGCUAGUUAUAUUGAUACUGACAAUGACACUGUCAACGAGAACGUGCUCAUCGUUACUCCCGUAUUCGCGCUCAAAGAGCCGCGUGUGUGUUCGCGGUUGAGCGACGCGCCUCGCGCCAAUCGAUCCUUGUAAUCCUAUAGCAAUUAUAUAUCAGUAUACGAUCGCGUCGUAUCCUAGAGGUAUUUUACAACGAUCGUUCGAUCGUUCGAUCGGAGGACAUCGCGCAAGUUUUCCAGCGGCACGAUCUCGCAUCACACCCACAUCCGCCUCCCGUUGCACCGUGGCCUAUACGAUAUGAUGAAGGAGACGUUAUCGUUACGUUAUCGACCGUUGCUAGUCGUUUCGAAAUUUCGCCGAUCUCUCUCGGAGAAAGGGAAGAAAAGGAAGAAAAUGAAGAAAAAAAAAAAGAAAACAAGAGAAAUCCGUGCGAUAUUUCUAUCCUAUGAAAGUAUCGAGGAGAGACAUUGCGCGCGCGCGCGGACGUUUUUCCUUCGGAAAUUAAUACCCUUCGUUCUCGGUUUUGUGUUGCGCCGACGUGAAAAUUGUUCGACCGAGCGACGCGCGAUAUAUCAAGUACUCUCAGUGGAAAUUUGAGUACACGUGACGUUUGUUUGCGAUAUAGAAUGAUGAAAGCAAUCGCUUCUCCGACUCUAAUAGGGGGAUUCUGUCGCGCGUGUGCGUGUGCGUGUGCGUGUGCGUUUGUCACCACGGCGUAUGUGUCCGCAAUUCGUUUCGUUUUGCAGCUUAAACGCGCCCAGGCCGGCGCGUAUAUAUCAAUACCGCGAUAUUCGUGAUUCCGCGACCCCGGGGACGUGUCGCGCGAUUACGUUUGACGCUGAGGAAGGCGCGUGGAAAGGCACGAAGGACACGGGAGGAAGCCUAAUUAUUACGUAAAACGAGUCACAUUACCAUACUGCCUUAAUAGUAAAGUAAAAGUGGUACUUUUUAAACCGGCAAUAUAUCGGCAAAUGAGAGGAGGUGGGAUCGUAUCUAUCCCGAUUGCGAGCGCGGAUCGCCGCCGCGCGGAUCAGUGAUCAGCGGCGGACUGAUCGUCGUCGAGCUCUGCACGACCGCGGAGGAACAAUACGACUAAUCAAAUCUCGUUACCAUAAUCGAAAGCGUAGACAUUAAGGGCCAUUGUCCGGCGCUUCAGUUCCGCGACGCGACGCGACGCGGCGCAGCGCGACGCGAAACUGAUCGCGUCCUGUUCUCGCGAAAGUUAUUAUAGUCGAGGUGAAAGUUCGAGAUGCGAGAUACGAGACGAGGGUUCGCGCGGCGACACGAAGCGUGUGCACGGCGGAGCGGAGGUCGGUCGACGAAGCGCGCGUCUCAAGGUGACACAGGAUUGACAUCGCGAGCGCGCGGUGAUGUUUCUUCUCUCGUUUCUGACGCGCGGCGACGUGUCCUCGCAGAUCCUCGCGUUGUUUUAAGUUCGUCAUUAUUUAUCGUUUAUUAUUGUGUGUAGUCUGUUUUCUCACAGUUUCUCUCUUGUCGCGCGUGCACACGCUUUGCGCAAACCCGUCCGAUGAUGGGCUUUCAAAGAUUUCUGCGUUUAAUUUUUCGCCGAGGAAGCUUUCUCGACUGCGUUCCGUUCUCGAUUGUUUACGAUUGUACGAGCCCGGAGUUUUUCGUCGUUAGCGAAUUUCAGCCGCAACGGCGGAUCCAUCUUCGUCGUUCAGGAUGUUGCGACGAGGAUGUAUUAUCCGACGACACGUCACGUUACUUUCGUCUCGCGUGGAGCUGCGCGCAGUUCUUUUCUAUUUAUUUCGCGUUCGACGUUUACUCUCCUUUUAGCCGGCCGUCGCGCCGCCCGGCUAAAAAAGCCCGACACACGUUCACACUUAAUUAGCGUAUACAAUUAAGAGAAAAAAAAAAGUUGUUAUUGCAAUGUAGGCAACGAUAUUGAGAUCGAAAUUCGUAUUUUUAUGGAAUAAAGCUACUUCUCAACAGCA